AUGGCACGUUCUGUAAUUGGACUGUACAUUUCGGGAUUUUUCUGUAUUUUUCUGUCAUUUUUUACUGGAGUGGCUGGUUGCUGGAAACGUUCCUAUGGAAACGUCGUAGCCACUGGUCUUUUGGAACUAUUUACAUCUCUCCUCGUUGCAGCUGCUAUGGGCCUGUGGCAUGGAGUACAUCACUACGACUACCAAAAACUGAAAGACCACAUGGCUUAUUUCGGUUGGCCAGAAGUUUUGAAACAGCCAGGAGGAAGUGACUUUUACUAUGGUUGGUCUUACCUACUGUCGUGGAUCGGUGUGGGUUUGAAUCUCAUUGCCGCCAUUUUGUUGUUAUGUGGUGCCCAUUGCUUACGUCAUGAAAAGAAGAAGGAAAAAACUAAGUACAUGCACUAUCUGAUGCCAGUAUACCCCGAGAAAAGACAGCUGUAUGGCUACGGAUAUGGCUAUCCUGGUCCUUAUUACCAGUAUGGAUAUGGCUAUUAAUCAUAACACAAUAGCUACAGAAUUUAUCGCAAGUUCUUCCAGGUCUGAUCACAGCGUCAUCUGGAAGCUCGAGAUUGAUUUAUAGUGCACGUGCUGUAACGAAUGAAACUGCGAGAAAUAUACCAUUGAAAAUGUACUUUAUAAUUCUGAACGAAGUUUAAAAUGUGACUGUCAGAACUGUGAAUGAAAUCUAAAAAUGUAAUUGGCAGAAUUUUCCAAGAAAUUUAAAAAUGUAACUGUCAGAGAAAUUUAGUAACCAAUACUGUGAAAGACAUCUUGGAAUGUAACAACAACGAGGGCUACGAAAGAGGUGUUAAAAAUAUUUGUCUGUACUAUUAACGAAGUUUAAAAUGUGUUUGCAUAAUUGUGGAAGGAUUUUUAAAUUGAAAUUUUCAGAAUAUUCGGAUAAAAAACAAGACUGUAGCUAUAGGAACCGAGAAAAAAAUUUAAGUAAAUUUUCAGAUCCGUGGAAAGUCAAAAAUGUAACUAAGUGUCAGAUAAACGGAUAAACUACCUGAUUAUUUUACAUUUGUAAUUUAAUUUGUUUCAAAGUGAGAAGAUUUUAUAUUAACAUUUCAUGAGCCUCCAGUGGCACAGCGGUAUGUCUGCGGACUUACAACGCUAGAGACCGGGUUUCGAUACCCGUGGUGGGCAGAGCACAGCUAGCCCAUUGUGUAGCUUUCUGCCUAACUUCAAACAAACAUUUCAUGAAACCAACGGAGUAGUUAUAAAUUAAUGUACAUACGAGUGCCACAACACUGUCGAAUGUAAUAUUUUAUAGAAGUAGCAGGCUAAUUACUAAAGCAAACUCAUUUGAUUUUCAAGACAUCAAAGAACUUUUCUUAGAACGUUGAAGUAAACUAUUACAUUGCUGUAUGAAGUAUUUUCUAAUAUUUAUGGGGUUACUAACAAGUUCUUAUUUACGACGUGAUAUACUGUGAACAAGAAUAUCACUAAAAAUACUGAGAAUAGAAGUAAAGGAUAUUUUAGAAAUAAAUAUACUGAAUCUGUAUAUAUAUACAUUUCAUUAUUUACUUUUGAUAUAUGUGUUUUACUUGGAAGUAGCAGAUCCAAUGAUCAGUCUUUCUAUAAUCUUUGUUUGACGUUUCAGAUG